CAUUGGUAGACAAUUCACUCUUGAAUCAUCAGUCUGUCCAACAACGAGUUCGAAGAGAAAUAAACAAAGGAAUCGAGAAAGCGGAGGCGGAGGAGAGGCAGAGGAGGAAGGAAACCAAAUGAUAACGGACCCGAGCUUCCGUAGGGUUCCGAUCCGAGGCGUGUAUACAAAGUCACCCACCAUUGACCGUCGUUUCAAGUGGGUGCUCUACAUAAAGGCUUCUUCUGCUCCGGUUGAUAAGCGUGGAAAACGUAUAAGAAGAGACAAUGAUUUUCUUAAAGAGUAUUAUCGUAUAGGACAAGAAGUAGAUGAUGAGAAGAAGCAAAAUAGCGAAGAAGAUCCGUCGGGAGAUGAUGAACAGAGCGAGGCUGAGCAAAAUUUGAUGGCUUUGAAAGCCGAGGAGAAGCAGAGUAAGAGUGAGAAGAAGCUUGCUAUGAAUUCGGAUGAAGAAGAAUCCGAUGAUGAUGAUGAUGAUGAGAGUGCAGAGUCUCAUGAUCAGGAGGAAGAAGCCAGCGAGGAAGUAUUCGAAGAGGACGAUGAAGCAGCUCUGCAUGAGGACAGCGAACCCGAAAUUCCGGAAGAGGAGGAGAUAGCCAAUAUUGAAAAAGAAACUCACAGACUGGCUAUUGUCAACAUUAACUGGAUACAUAUUACUGCCAUAGACUUGUACGUUGUUCUCGAUUCUUUCCUCAAGAAAGAUGGGCGCGUCUUGUCUGUUGUGGUCUAUCGUACAAAGUUUGGGCUUGAGCGAAUGAACUAUGAGGAAAUGCAUAUGGUCCUCUUGCUAUUAUUCGUGGUGGAGACAAAAAAGAAGGAAGAAAAUGGUGACGAUGGAGAAGAAGACAAGGAGGCAAUCAAUGAGAGAAUACGUGAAUACGAAAAAAGCAAAUUUAAGUAAGAUGAUAUUCAGCCUAAUAUGUUUGGUGUUGUGGAAUGUGAUUCUAGUGCUACUGCUGAUUAAUACUUGUACAAAUCAUGUGACGGAUUUGAGUUUCAAAGAUCCUCUAACAAGCUCGACUUGAGAUUUAUUCCCGAUUCCACGGAAUUCAAUCAUCCACCUCGUGAUAUUGCCACUGAGGCACCUGCUAACUAUCAAGCUUUGGAUUUUCAAAGCCAAGCACUGCAGAUGAGUAAGGUGAAUAUUUCUUGGGAUGAAGAUGAGCCGCACCGCGUGAAGACCCUAACCCAGAAAUUCAACCCUGAUCAGUUGGCAGACCUUGAGUUGAAGGAGUUUUUAGCUUCUUAUGAGAGUGAAUCUGAUGAUGAUGAUGAUGAUGAUGAGAAGGAAAAAAGAAAAAAAGAAUACCGUGCUUUGAUGGAAUCUAGAGAUGUUGAUUCUGAUAAAGACGAGGAGAAUGACGUGGAUAUGGAAUUUAGAUUCAAUCCCGGGUUAGAAGAUAUAUGCUGUAAAAAUAUUCUCGAAAAGAAAGACAACAGGUCAAAAACGUUAUGGGAGACACAAUUAAGGGAGAAACGAGAGAAGAAGAAGAGAACUAGGAGGAGGAUGAGUCAAGAGGAUGAUGAUGACAAUAAGAAGAGGAAGAAAAAGAAGGGUUUAGAGGAGAAAGUAGCAGCCGAGGAAAGAAGAAGCACAACUGAGCUGGAUUUGAUAGCUGCUGAUGGAGGGGACGGUAAAGGUCUAAAAGGGUAUAAUAUUAAAGGGAGGAAAAGUAGAGAGAUGGCAGAAGAGCCCAAGAUACCUUGGGCUGAUCCCGACUAUUCGAGAUUCGCAGCUACAAUCUCUGACCCUAACUAUACUCUAGACCCUACGAAUCCACAGUUUACAAGGAAUGCGACUUAUGUUAAGCAAUUAGCUCAGAAGCAAAAGAAGGAUCCAACGAGCCACGAGCAAGUGAAAGCAAAGGAUAGAGAAGAAGAGUCGUCGACUAGAGAUGGCAUGUUGUUGGCAACUAAGAAAAACAAUUUUAGUGAGUCUGCUACAGUUAAAUCGCUGAGGCUCAAGAUACAGCGGAAGAAAGCAGAGUUGGCUCAGCUAAUGAAGAAGAAAGCCAAAGCAGAUUAGUUAUGUCUUCUUCUUUUUUUUCCCCUUCAAAUCAGUUUUGUUUCUUCUCUUUUAAUUCACAAAGAUCCCUUCUACAUUGAAGAGCUUUUCAUUCACAAAAUAAUAUUCAGAGCAACAUUUUGG